AUGAAUGUGGACCUUUUUCUAGAAGACCUAUCAAUUAUGGCUUAUUACAGGCACAUACUGACGGGUUCGUACCAUAAUUUGUUCCGCACCUAUGCUCGCGGCUCAACGGAAGCAAAGACGUGGGAGGCAAGACCACAGGAACCACAUUCGUUGCUACGAACACGACGGGUGUGUGCAGGAGCAAAUGCACGCGCCCAGAGGGCUCGCCGAGGCGUAGGAGGAGGAGAUGCUAAUGAUGAUGAAUUGGCCGCGGAUUCGCUUGACUUCACGCGAAAAAUUUUGCAUACAGCAUGGCACCCAAAGGAGAACAUAAUUGCAUUGGCUGCCACGAACAACCUUUACAUAUUCUCCGACAAGUAA